AUGGACGCCCACAUGACAGCGCGCUUCGAGCGCGUGGAGAAGGCAUUGGCCACACUCAUCGACUCCAUCUCGCGCUACAACCCAACCCUCGCCCAGGGCAGCGAGCUCAUCACAGCCGAGCAGGAGCUCUCGAGGGGCUUCGACCAGCUCAAGGUCCACCAGCAGAACCAGGCCAGGAUACAGCGGCUGAGGACCCUGACCACCGGCCUGGACCGCCAGAUCAAGGACACCCUGACCCAGCUCGCCCACGCCCGCAAGGAGCUCAUCAACACCCCCGCCACCACCUUCCCCGCCGGCCCCAACUACCCCAUCAAGUACGACGAGCUGCUCGCCUACGCCCGCAGGAUCUCCAAGACCACCCUGCCCAACGCCAACGUGCUCGCCAGCGCCCACCCAAGCGCAGUCGAGUCCACCACCAAGCCCGACAGCGGCGCCGACACCCCAGCCGCUGCCGCUACGCCUGCGGCCGCCGGCACCCCGAACGGCGUUGGCACGCCCAUGGCCACGGCCGCACAGGUCAACGGCACGACGAGUGCUGGCGGCAGUGCUGUCGGGACGCCCGCCGCCGUGAACGGGGGAGACUUCACGAUAUCCACCACCAACGGCAACGGCCAGCAGGCCAACAGUAACAAUAACAACAGUAGCACGACCACGCUGCCCGAGGGCCUGCAGGCCCACAUCAACCCCUCCGCCGGCGCCGACUUUAUACCGUGGCCGAACGAGGACCUGCUGCGGCAGGGCGCGCUCGCCAACAUCCAGUACCUCACGGACAAGGGCAUCGAACCCAAGGGCCACGACCCGGCGGCCGAGGAGGCGCAGAAGAAGCGCGAGGAGGAAGAGGUCAAGGAGCGCGAGGAGAAGGAGAGGCUCGAGAGGGAGGAGAAAGAGCGCCGGCACCGCGAACAGCGGGACCGCGCCAGGGCCGAGGAGGAGAAGGCCUGGGAGGAGGCGGCCAGGCGUGCGAGCGUCAGCCAGGCCGGAGCCGCCGCGACGGAAUCAGGGCCCAAUGCGCUGCAGCAGCAGCCGCCGCCGACGACAACAACAACAACAACAACAUCAUCAACGGCGCAACCUCAACAGCAGCAACCCAAGCAGUUCCAGUUCAUGGGGGCCGAUGACGACGAUGAUGAUAGCGAUUAG